AUGGAAGGCAUUGUUUCGAACACGAGGAGAUGGGAGGAUCUGGACACAGAUAUUUUGGUGAAGAUUUUUCUGUUGCUUGACAUCUUCGAGUUAACUUCUGGCAUUGCUCAUGUUUGUAGCGCAUGGCGCAUGGCUUGCUGUGAUCAACUUCUUUGGAAGACACUUGAUUUGUCAAUGUUGAGAAGUAACUUCAUCAAGAUUCCAAUGGAGCCUUUUGUUUACGUUGCUGAACAAUCUGAUAAGAAAUUAACCCGAUUAUUGAAGAUUUCCUUGAACCUCAGCAGGCAGAGUAUAGUGACAUUAAUCUUCCAUUUCAACUUGUAUGUAAGUGAUGAUCAGUUGACAUACACUGCUGAAAGGUGCCCACGGCUCAAACGCCUUGUUCUGCCGGCUUGGAACAGAAUUAAAAGUACAGGAAUGUGCAAGGCAAUCCGUUCCUGGAAAGAGCUGGAGUCUUUGACAAUGCCUACUAUAGAAAACGCGCCAUAUUUUCUAGAUGAAAUUGCAACAAACUGCAAGAACUUCAGUGAACUCAAGAUUAUGGGGCCAUGUAACAUCUUCUUUGCUUCAAUUCUUGCUACAUAUUUUCCAAAAUUGAGAGUCUUGAGCCUUCGGUGCUCAACCCUAUACAGAGAUGUUCUCAUUUUCAUCCUAGACAGCUUAGAACAUUUAGAAGUGCUCAACAUAUCACAUUGCAUUCUAAUGGAAGGUCUCCCCCCUCCUCACUAUAAAAAAAUUAUCAAUGAAAUUGAUUCUACUAUUCGCCAAAAGGCUUCUCGAUUGCGCGAAUUUAUCACAUGCAUGGAUGACUCGUGCAUCAUGUGCCAACGUACAAGAACUGAUGAAGGGAUAAUUAGGUGGUACAAGUACGAGGAAGGAUUUUGGAAAGUAGAUGAGGUGAAGUCUCUUGCACUUUAAGCAGACGAUAAUGGCGGUUUGGUAUGAUCUGGUUGUUGAUCAU